AUGAGCGGGAUUCAGUUUUCACCUUCAUCUGUCCCCCUUCGCCGGGUCGAAGAGGUCCAAUUUGGAAUCUUGUCUCCGGAGGAGAUUCGGUCCAUGAGUGUCGCGAAGAUUGAAUUUCCCGAAACCAUGGACGAAACUGGUCAACGUCCUCGAGUUGGUGGACUUUUGGAUCCUCGUUUGGGCACCAUAGAUCGUCAAUAUAAAUGUCAAACAUGCGGCGAAUUGAUGGCUGAAUGUCCCGGACACUUUGGUCAUAUUGAACUUGCUAAACCUGUAUUCCAUAUCGGAUUUUUGAGCAAAAUCAAAAAGAUUUUAGAGUGUGUUUGUUGGAAUUGCGGAAAGCUGAAAAUUGACCCUUCAAAUCCGAAAUAUCAAGAUACACAACGAUACCGUGAUCCUAAAAAUCGACUUAAUGCGGUAUGGAAUGUCUGUAAAACAAAAAUGGUUUGUGACACUGGCUUGUCCGGUGGCUCGGAUAAUUUCGAUCCUAGUAAUCCUACAGCAAAUUUGGGUCAUGGCGGCUGUGGAAGCGCCCAACCUACAAUUCGCAAAGAUGGAUUAAAGUUGUGGGGUUCAUGGAAAAAAGGAAAAGACGAAUCCGACCUUCCUGAAAAACGUUUACUUACUCCCCUCGAAGUACAUACCAUAUUUACGCAUAUAUCUUCAGAUGACUUAGCACGAUUAGGGCUUAAUGAACAGUAUGCACGGCCAGAUUGGAUGAUUAUUACUGUUUUACCAGUCCCCCCGCCCAGUGUUCGCCCGAGUAUUUCAGUGGAUGGAACUAGUCGUGGUGAAGACGAUUUAACGCAUAAACUAUCCGAUAUUAUAAAAGCUAAUGCCAAUGUUCGGCGAUGUGAGCAAGAAGGAGCACCAGCACAUAUUGUUUCAGAAUACGAACAGUUAUUGCAAUUCCACGUUGCCACGUAUAUGGAUAAUGAGAUUGCAGGCCAACCGCAAGCUCUGCAAAAAUCGGGUAGACCUUUAAAAAGUAUUCGCGCUAGACUAAAGGGUAAAGAAGGACGUUUGCGUGGUAAUUUGAUGGGUAAAAGGGUUGAUUUUUCAGCCCGUACUGUCAUUACUGGUGAUCCAAAUUUAUCAUUAGAUGAAUUAGGUGUUCCGCGCAGUAUUGCAAAGACAUUAACUUAUCCUGAAACGGUUACUCCUUAUAAUAUUUAUUACCUUCAAGAACUUGUCAGAAACGGUCCAGAUGAACACCCUGGAGCCAAAUAUAUUAUCCGCGAUACGGGUGAACGAAUUGAUUUAAGAUAUCACAAGAGAGCUGGCGAUAUACCUUUAAGAUAUGGCUGGCGUGUUGAGAGACAUAUUCGAGAUGGAGACAUCGUUAUAUUUAACAGACAACCAUCACUACAUAAAAUGAGUAUGAUGGGACAUAGGAUACGAGUUAUGCCCUAUUCAACGUUUAGACUAAACUUGUCUGUUACAUCACCAUAUAAUGCCGAUUUUGAUGGUGAUGAGAUGAAUAUGCAUGUUCCCCAAUCCGAAGAAACACGAGCUGAGAUUCAGGAGAUAGCUAUGGUUCCCAAACAAAUUGUUUCACCUCAGUCAAAUAAACCGGUAAUGGGUAUCGUACAGGAUACCUUAGCCGGUGUCCGAAAGUUUUCAUUACGUGACAAUUUUUUGACUCGUGAGGCUGUUAUGAAUAUUAUGCUUUGGGUACCAGGAUGGGACGGAGUCGUGCCACCACCGGUGAUUAUAAAACCUAGACCUCUGUGGACCGGCAAACAAAUUUUGAGUUUGGUAAUCCCAAAAGGUAUCAAUUUAAUGAGGGAAGAUGACAAACAAGGCUUGUUAAACCCAUCGGAUUUGGGUAUGCUAAUUGAAAACGGAGAAAUUAUCUAUGGUGUUGUUGAUAAGAAAACUGUGGGAGCUUCUCAAGGUGGUUUGGUACACACAAUUUGGAAAGAGAAGGGACCUGAAACAUGCAAAGGGUUCUUUAAUGGUAUUCAACAAGUUGUAAACUACUGGUUAUUACACAACGGAUUUAGUAUCGGUAUAGGUGAUACGAUAGCAGAUGCCGACACUAUGCGUGAGGUGACUAGGACCGUCAAAGAAGCUCGUUCGCAAGUUGCAGAAUCAAUUCAGGAUGCCCAACACAAUAGACUUAAACCUGAACCUGGUAUGACAUUACGUGAGUCUUUUGAAGCUCAAGUGUCACGAAUCCUUAACCAAGCCAGAGAUAACGCUGGUAGAUCCGCAGAGCACAGUUUAAAAAAUGCUAAUAAUGUCAAGCAAAUGGUGGCGGCAGGUUCAAAGGGCUCUUUUAUUAAUAUUUCACAAAUGUCAGCUUGUGUAGGACAGCAGAUUGUUGAAGGAAAACGAAUUCCUUUUGGCUUCAAGUAUAGGACCCUUCCACACUUUCCUAAAGAUGAUGAUUCACCUGAAUCUCGUGGUUUCAUUGAAAAUUCAUAUUUACGUGGCUUAACUCCACAGGAAUUUUUCUUUCAUGCAAUGGCCGGAAGAGAAGGUCUCAUUGAUACCGCCGUGAAGACCGCGGAAACUGGCUACAUUCAACGUCGUCUUGUAAAAGCAAUGGAGGAUGUGAUGGUUCGGUAUGAUGGUACCGUACGUAAUGCAAUGGGAGACAUCAUUCAGUUUGCCUACGGUGAAGAUGGUCUCGAUGCGACGCUGGUUGAAUACCAAGUUUUCGAUUCUUUGCGAUUAUCAAACGACCAAUUUGAAAGGAAAUAUAAGAUUGACUUGAUGGAAGAUCGUAGCAUAUCUCAGUUUAUGGAAAACUCUAUUGAUAAUGAUCCAGUUGUGCAAGACUUGCUUGAUGCAGAGUUUACACAACUCUCGAAGGAUAGAGAUCUUCUAUGUAACUUUAUUUUCCCUAAAGGUGAUGCAAGAUGGCCGAUGCCGGUCAAUGUGCAACGAAUCAUUCAAAAUGCUUGUCAAAUUUUUCAUUUAGAAUCUCGCAAACCGUCUGAUCUUUUGCCUGGAGACAUAAUUCAAGGCCUAAAUGAGCUUAUUAAUAAACUAAAAAUAUUUCGUGGUGAUGACCGGAUCACCCAAGAUGUGCAGAAUAACGCCACACUGCUUUUCCAAAUUCACUUGCGCUCGAAGUUUGCUGUUAAGCGUGUUAUCACUGAAUAUCAUUUGAAUAAAGUUGCGUUUGAAUGGGUAAUGGGUGAGGUUGAAAGCCGAUUCCAGCAAGCAGUAGUAAGUCCGGGAGAAAUGGUGGGUACUUUAGCUGCACAAUCUAUUGGUGAGCCUGCAACACAAAUGACCCUGAACACUUUCCACUACGCUGGUGUUUCAUCGAAGAAUGUCACGUUGGGUGUUCCUCGUCUCAAAGAGAUUCUUAAUGUUGCGAAGAAUAUUAAAACACCGUCUUUGACUAUCUAUUUAUUACCGGACGUCGCAGCUAACAUGGAUUUUGCUAAGAACAUUCAGACUCAGAUCGAACACACCACUCUGAGUACAGUUACGUCAGCUACUGAAAUUCAUUAUGAUCCUGAUCCUCAAAAUACUGUAAUUGAAGAGGAUAAAGAUUUUGUUGAAGCCUUUUUUGCUAUCCCUGAUGAAGAAGUUGAAGAAAAUUUAUGGAAACAGUCCCCAUGGUUAUUGAGAUUGGAGCUUGAUCGUGCUAAGAUGCUUGACAAAAAGUUAAGUAUGAGUGACGUGGCAGGAAAGAUCGCAGAAAGUUUUGAACGUGAUCUUUUCACGAUAUGGUCUGAAGACAAUGCCGACAAGUUGGUAAUUCGCUGUCGUAUUAUUCGUGAUGACGAUAGAAAAACUGAGGAGGAUGACAAUCUUAUUGAAGAGGACGUCUUUUUGAAGACAAUUGAAGGACACAUGUUAGAAAGCAUUAGUUUGAGAGGUGUUCCUAACAUUACACGUGUCUACAUGAUGGAGCACAAAGUUAUUCGCCAGAAGGAUACUGGUAUAUUUGAAAGAGGUGAUGAAUGGGUUUUGGAAACUGAUGGAAUCAAUUUGACUGAAGCAAUGGCUGUUGAAGGAGUUGAUUCCUCUAGAAUAUAUUCAAAUUCAUUUGUUGAAAUUUUGCAAAUUCUUGGAAUUGAGGCUACUAGGUCUGCCUUGCUUAAGGAACUCAGAAACGUUAUUGAAUUUGAUGGAUCUUAUGUAAAUUAUCGUCAUUUAGCUCUUCUUUGUGAUGUGAUGACUUCUCGCGGACAUCUAAUGGCAAUUACACGUCACGGUAUUAAUCGUGCUGAAACGGGUGCUUUAAUGAGAUGCUCUUUCGAGGAAACUGUUGAAAUUCUAAUGGAUGCAGCCGCAAGCGGAGAAAAGGAUGACUGUAAAGGAAUAUCAGAGAAUAUUAUGCUCGGCCAGAUGGCACCGAUGGGUACUGGUGCAUUUGAUAUUUAUCUCGAUCAGGGUAUGUUGAUGAAUUACAGUCUGAAUGCUCCCGCCGCUUCGAUAGCCGUAGGUGAAUACGGAAAAUCACAAAUUCCUGAGGGUGCUGCUACGCCUUAUGAGCGUUCACCGAUGGUUGAUUCUGGUUAUCUUAGCUCCUCUGAUGCAGCUGCGUUCUCACCAUUAAUUCAAAGCGGACCCGAAGGUCGAGAUGGCUUAGGUGAAUAUGGAAAUAUGCUUGGUGCUAGUCCUUUCCAUUCUGUUAAGUCUCCUGGCUAUACCAGUCCAUUUUCAAGUGCUAUGAGUCCUGGAUACGGCUUAACGUCUCCCAGUUACAGUCCAUCGUCCCCAGGGUAUUCUACAUCUCCUACUUACAUGCCUUCUAGCCCGUCAUAUUCGCCUACUAGUCCCUCUUACUCUCCUACCAGUCCUUCUUACUCUCCUACUAGUCCAUCAUAUUCUCCUACUAGUCCUUCUUAUUCACCCACCAGUCCUUCCUACUCGCCUACUAGUCCUUCUUACUCUCCUACCAGUCCUUCCUAUUCACCCACCAGUCCCUCUUACUCUCCUACUAGUCCUUCCUAUUCCCCUACCAGUCCUUCUUACUCUCCUACUAGUCCUUCCUAUUCCCCUACCAGUCCUUCUUACUCUCCUACUAGUCCUUCCUAUUCACCUACCAGUCCUUCUUACUCUCCUACUAGUCCAUCACUAUUCUCCUACUAG